AUGGUUGUUGACGGAAGUUUCCUUAAAGCAGCAUAUAAGGGUACCAGACUGCUUGCACUCAGGAUGGAGCUGUUGAUAAAGGGUACUUUUGGAGUUAGGGAAGGGAUGUGUAUAGUUUCAGAUAGAAAUGAAAGCAUCUUUAAUGCCAUAAAAGUUGUAUACCCAGAAGAUAUUUUCUUUGCUUUGGCUAGAGCUUACAUGAUAGAGAAGUUUGAGUACCAUAUAACAGUGAUGUGCAAAAUUGAUCCGAUAGUGCAACCAUACUUUUUUGAAAUUAGCUACGAAUGGUGGUCUAGGACAUAUUCCAAAAUGAAAAGGUCGAUGGCAAUGACUUCCAAUAUUGCAGAGUCAAUUAAAGCAGCAAACAAGGAUGCUACAGAGUUACCAGUAAUGCGAUUGCUGGAGUACAUGACAAAUUUGCUACAACAGUGGAACAACAAAAAUAGAAAAGUGAGGCCUGCUACGGAGCAGUUAUAUACUGUGUUUGAAGGGGUAAGGCGAAACAUAGUGUGCCUUGAAGAGGGAACAUGCAGUUGCAAAAAAAUUCAAAUGGAUGAACUUCCAUGUCCACAUGCUUGGGCGGUUUUGAAGAACCAGCAACUGAAACCUGGCCAGUAUAACUCUUUUUACUACAAGAAUGAUAAACUCCUUAGAACUUAUGAAUUUCCAGUGAAUCUGAUGCCAGAUAAGAGUUUAUGGGUAUGCCUAACAGAGGUGAUGGAAUAUAUGGUCCUACCACCUAAAGGGAGACGGAAUGCAGGAAGGCCAAGAGAGGAAAGACUCAAACCUGCUUCAGAAAAAGAGUCUAAGAGGGCAUUUUCAUGUUCUGUGUAUGGACAAGGUGGUCACAAUAGAAAAAUAUGUAGGAAUAGACCAAAAUAA